AUGAGUGAUCUACCCGAUAAACCUAUCCUAGAAGAAACUACACUAAUAGUCGACUGCGUUUGGGAAUAUAUGAUACUCAAUCAGCGACGUUCGCAGCUAAUUUCAUCUGAUGAAUCAGAGAUAUUAAAAAAAUCUUUAAUUAUUGAACCUGAUCAACAAUUUAAAUGUGAUAUUCGUUUGACAGCGCCCGAUUCUUUUUAUAGAAUUUCAAUGGCUCAAUUUCUACGUUCAAGUACAAAUAAAGAUGAAGAUAAUUCGGCGUGGGUUCAAUGUCGGGAUUCAUCGAGUUUAAAUUUUGAUUGUUUUUCAUUAUGGCAAAAAUCAUGUUUUUAA